GUCGUUUUAGAAGACUGGUGAAGACAGUGGAGCAGCAGUUGACAAGUCUUGGUGAAUGAAGCUCUCCACCGGUACCCAAUGUAAUUCCCUCUAGGAAUUGUGAACUGGGGUGGUUUGUAAACUGGCCUACAAGUUUGUCGUUGGUUGUGGAACCCUCGCGUCUAUAUGUAUGUGCGGUUGCCCCUGGUGACGGGGGUGGUGGCAAGCUGCAGACAUUGGGCGCAUAGCGAGCAAGCACGCUCUCAAAGUUCCCGUGUCUGGCAAGAACGGGUGUGCUGGUAGUCGUGAUCGCGGCGGCCGUCGAGCCAAUAAGGGUUCUGGAGGAGGAGGAGGGGCAGGAGGAGGAGGAGGACCCCGUGCCGACCUGGUAGGCCCGCCAGCCUCCAACCCCCCACCAGCACCACCCAUCAUGAACCACGUCACAGAGCCCCCCACCCCUGACAAGGACCUCGAGCUAAUGGACACUCAGGAAGAGGAAGUUGCCGAGGAGGGUGGAGGGGAUGGAGGAGGAGAUGGUGGUGGUGGAGGAGGAGGAGGUGGUGGUGGAGGCGGCGUUGGUGGAGGCGUCGGUGGUGGUGGUGGUGGAGGAGGUGGUGGUGGUGGUGGUGGUGGCGGCGGCGGUGGAGGUGGUGGUGGUGGAGUGGUAACCAUAGCUGAGGGCGGUGAAGAAGAACAGAUGAAUGGAGAUACUCAAGAAGUGUCUUCCUCAACAACACCACACGACACCGAGAUGGACGAAGAUGAUGCACGAUCAGAAGCAAAAUUUCAAUACAGAGUUAAAGAUUUUAGCAAGUUGAAAGACACAAUGCUGUCACAUCCGUGCUAUGUUCGUAACUUGCCAUGGAAGAUUAUGGUAAUGCCACGUACAAGUCAGUCUCAAGAUCGUCAACCUCAGCGUUCCCUUGGAUUUUUCUUACAGUGCAAUGGAGAGUCCGAGUCAACAUCUUGGUCUUGCAAUGCUGUGGCUGAAUUGCGUCUCCUUUCUGUACGAGAAGGAAUAACACCAUUUACCCGAAAAAUUCAGCACUUAUUUUACAGUAAAGAAAAUGAUUGGGGCUUUUCACACUUCAUGGCAUGGAAUGAAGUCCUUGAUCUUGAGAAAGGGUACAUCAAAGAUGACACAAUUACAUUAGAGGUGUGGGUGUCUGCGGAUGCUCCACAUGGUGUGUCGUGGGACAGUAAAAAACACACCGGUUAUGUUGGACUCAAGAAUCAGGGCGCCACAUGCUACAUGAACUCGCUCCUUCAAGUUCUGUAUUUUACAAGCCAGCUAAGAAUGGCUGUUUACAAAAUGCCAACUGAAAGUGAUGACUCGACAAAGAGUGUGGCACUAGCACUACAGCGGGUUUUCCAUGAACUCCAGACAAGUGACAAACCAGUCGGCACUAAGAAACUGACAAAAUCUUUUGGUUGGGAGACCUUAGAUUCAUUCAUGCAACAUGAUGCUCAAGAAUUUUUGAGAGUGCUGCUAGACAAAUUAGAAACCAAAAUGAAAGGGACGUGUGUUGAAGGAGUAAUUCCAAGGUUAUUUGAAGGCAAGACAUUGUCUUACUUCAAGUGUAAACAUGUAGACUACACUUCUUCAAGAACAGAGACCUUUUAUGAUAUCCAGCUAAAUAUAAAAGGAAAGAAAGACAUCUACGAAUCCUUUAAGGAUUACGUGAGUGUAGAAACUUUAGAGGGUGACAACAAAUAUGAUGCUGGGGAGCAUGGGCUGCAGGAGGCAGACAAGGGGGUCAUUUUCCAGAGCUUUCCACCUGUGCUUCAUCUUCAUCUGAUGAGAUUCCAGUAUGACCCCAUCACAGACUCCAAUGUUAAAAUAAAUGACAGAUACGAGUUCCCAGAGAAGUUAAACAUGGAUCAAUUCCUACAGAAGCCUGACACAACACCAGCCACAUAUGUUCUCCAUGCAGUCCUGGUUCACUCUGGUGAUAACCAUGGCGGUCAUUAUGUUGUCUUCAUCAACCCUAAAGGCGAUGGGCGGUGGUGUAAAUUUGAUGACGAUGUUGUGUCAAGAUGUAGUAAGCAGGAGGCCAUUGAUCACAAUUUUGGUGGGCAUGAGGAUGAUCUCAACUUGACUGUAAAACACUGUACAAAUGCCUAUAUGCUUGUGUACAUAAGAGAGUCUUGCCUGAGGACUGUUCUGCAGGAAGUAACAGAGGAAGACAUUCCCCAAGAACUUAUUGACCGAUUGCAAGAAGAGAAACGAAUUGAAAUGAUACGUCGCAAGGAGAGAAAUGAAGCACACUUAUAUAUGAAUAUUCAGGUUAUCCUGGAAGACUCAUUUUCUGGUCACCAGGGCAAUGACCUCUAUGAUCCAGAUAAAGCCAAUUAUAGAAUAUUCAAAGUCAAAAAAUCUGCCACGUUACAAGACUUCUUAGAACAAGUUGCAGAGAGCCUUAAAUAUCCUGUGGAACAAAUUCGACCCUGGCCACUAAAUCUUCGGACAAAUCAGACAAACAGACCCACGCUUCUAGACCUUGAAACUGAUCUACACAAACCCCUAUUAGAGAUAAGUGACAACAGUAAUCCUUGGACAGUGUUUAUUGAGACUGUGCCUCCUGAUUCAGGUUUAAAGGCACUGACUGCCUUUGACAAAGAUUCAGAUGUUCUGCUUUUCUUCAAAUAUUACGACCCACGCCAUAAGCGGUUACACUAUUGUGGACACCAUUAUAUGCACAUCUCCUUUAAUGUCCAGGAGUUGGUACCAUUGCUGAAUGAGCGUGCGGGACUGCCACAGGGCACAGAAUUAGCAUUAUUUGAAGAAAUCAAGCCCAAUCUUGUGGAGCGGUUAGCUGAUCUUGACCGGCCAUUGGAAAAGGUGCUUGAUGAGCUGAUGGAUGGAGACAUCAUUGUGUUCCAGCGUGACGACCUUCUUGAUGAUCCCAGCCUUGAGCUUCCGUCCUGCCGUGAUUACUUUAGGGACCUCUUCUUCAGGGUUGAGGUAACUUUCUGUGAUAAGACAGUUCCAACAGACCCAGGGUUUAUUAUGGAAUUGUCUCAAAGGAUGAACUAUGACCAAAUGGCUCGAGCAGUCGCCCACCGUUUAGAUACGGAUCCAUAUCUAUUACAGUUUUUCAAGUCACAGAGUUACCGAGAUGGGCCAGGAAACCCAGUGAGAUGUACCUAUGAAGGAACCCUCAAAGAUAUGCUAGUCUGCAUGAAGCCACGCCACCCCAAGAAGAUAUAUUAUCAGCAGCUUAGUAUUAGAAUUAAUGAACUUGAAAAUAAAAGGCAAUUCAAGAGUAUGUGGCUUGGGGAGAGAAUGAAAGAAGAGCUCGAGUUAGUACUUUAUCCAAAUAAAAAUGGAACAGUAGCUGACCUAUUACAUGAAGCCAGAAAGCAAGUUACGUUAGCAGAAAAUGGUUCCGGUAAAUUAAGGCUUGUUGAUAUUGCGUCAUAUAAAAUUGCCUCUACACCACCUGAGAAUAUGAGCUUGGAAAGCCUCAGUACAGCAGGUACAAGAUCUUAUCGAAUAGAGGAAAUUCCAACAGAGGAGCUCCAUAUUGCAGAUGAUGAAAUGCUAAUACCAGUUGCACAUUUCCACAAAGAAAUAUUUUCAACCUUUGGCGUCCCAUUCCUCUUCAAAAUAAAACAAGGCGAGCUGUUCUCUCACGUUAGAGAUCGUAUACAGAAGAGGUUGGAUGUGCCAGACAAGGAAUUUGAAAAGUAUCGCUUUGCAAUUGUUGUGAUGGCAAGGCCGACGUUUCUUACUGACGACGAGAUAGUGAAUCUGCAAGACUUCAAACCACAUCCAAACCAAGCAGCUUCUACACCUGCAAAACCAUGGUUGGGUCUGGAACACGUCAACAAGGCUCCAAAACGCUCCCGGUACAACUAUCUGGAGAAAGCCAUCAAGAUAUACAACUGAAAGUCAAGUUACUGGAAUGAGAGCAUUUCAUGUGGAGUCAGUAGGAAAGCAGGAAGUGGGUGGUGGCUUCCUUGUUCCUGUGUGUGUUGCUGCUGCUCUGUGCCGUGCCCCACUUACAGUCGGUCUGUCAUCUUUCAACUUUCAUCCUCUAUUAGCAGGUCUUAACAGUGAUCCAGAUAGGCAUAUGCACAUGUGACUGGUAUCAUGUGAUAGACUGCAAUGGUCUGUGUGUGUACAGCACCAGUGUGGAUGACAACGAGGCUAGACAAAACAGUGCUUUGUUUGCCAAAAAAGUGGUACAAGUGGGCAUUGUCGGAGGCUAAGUGUUUUUUUUUUAAUUAUUUAUAUUUUAGAGAGGAAACACUGAAUAGACAAGAAUAUGAGCAUUAUUAUAUGCAUUGUGGAGCAUUGCUGUACAGUUAGUCGCUGAAAAAUGAAAGCAUUUCUUAAUGGUUGUUGUCCGACAUUUUAGAUUGUUUAGGUAUCUGAAUGUGCUUGAAGGCAUUAUUUGACUUAUAGCCACGUUGUUUUAUAAGUCUGUGAUAAGGUAGUAGUAACAAAGGAGGUGGCUGAAGAUGAUACAAUGCAGUGAACAGCUCAAGUGUGAUGCAAACUGCAGCUCACAAGCUUAACUGAUCCCCUAAAAGGAGCAGCAACUUUGCCACCAAACUCCAAGCUGGUGUUACAAGUCGUACCAGGUACUUUUGAUAAAACACAACUUUUCUAGAACCUGAGUUUGUAACCAAAAAAUAGUGGCCUGAAUCAUAAGUAAAGUUAAGGGGCAGUGGUUUACAUAGGGCUUUUAUUGAUUGGUGACUUGUGUACUUGGUGUGUUUUCUGGAGUGGAUAUAUUCUUACCUUGUUUCAAAGCCUAUGAGAUAUACUACUAUACCCUCUCAAGUGUUAUACUAGGGGAAGCUUUAUAUGCAUCCUUCAUGACCUUGUGUAUUGUCAUACCCAGCCAUUUGGCAUUAAAUAAGCUGUUGUAUUCUCACUUGCCAAGAUCUCUGUGACAAAAUGGCACUACCACUAAGUCAUCAAGUUUAUCAUGUCAUUUAGGUUUUAUACUAUACAGUACUCUUGAGACAGCUUCACUCGCUAAAUAUGUUUUAGUUGAGAAUGUUGUACUGGUACCUUCACAUUUGAUGAUAUUCUUGUUAAGAUAAGUAAUAAUGUUUUGCACUAAUUUUGUUCAGAAUGGGGUAGUGUUGCCUUAUUUAUUCUCAGAAGUUAAUACAAAUGCUUAGUGAGCUUGAUUUAUGAGUUACUAUAGUACAGUAUAUGAUUGCUAUCUAUAACAAAUUCCUGUGCAUCUUUGAAAUGGUAGAGAUUUGUUGCAAAAUAUGUUUUAUGUACAUUAUAUUUUGUAUAUGGUCAAGCAUGGUAAAGUAAAUGAGAAAAAUUAUACUGAUAUAUAUAUAAUUUAUUUAUUUGUAAUAAGCUUCAGUUUUUUUUUAAGAUGUGUAUAAAAUGUGCACGCUACUAUAUUUGUCUAAAAAAAAACAAAAAAAAAGUCCAGUUGUAUAUCUUAUAAAUAUGGAGUAUAUAUAUUAGAAAGACAGUUUAUGGUAGGUUAGAGGGCUGGGAGCACUGCAUCAGUGAAUAUGGAGGACCUCACACCAGCACACCACCACCACCACCGCCACCCACAAGUUUCCCUCUGCACUGUGACUGUGAUACUACUCCGGCAGUGAUCCAUUCUGUACCAGGCACCAGUUGCACUUUGGUUUUCACUGUUAAUGGAUCAGUCAAGUAAUACUUCAACCCACAUUUUAUGCAGCAUGAGGAUUGUACAGUUGUAGACAGAAAUAAUUCAUAUUUAACGUUUGUAAUGAAAUAGUAUCUUAAACGCUAUUAUUUUCUUUAAUUUUAGAUUUUACUCCAAAUUUGGUAUUUAAUUAUAAACUGGAAGUUUAGUGAGUAUGUAAAUUACUACAGUUGAUGUUGUUAGAUAAUCAUUUUGUACAGUACUUUACAUGACCCAUGCUGUUACAGGAUUUGUGACAACUGUGAAUGGUUAAGUGUAACUGUUGCCUCAUUUAAGGAUGUUGACUCCUGUGGACAUCAUGAACAAAGCAUCUGACUUUGUGAAUAUUUUAUUUAAUUCCUUAUUGGUGCACUCGAUGCAAAAUUAUUUUAUACAAGUAGUACACUGUAUUUACCCACAUACAGCUGCAUUCCAACUGUUGGAUGCGUAAAUGGCAGAACAUUAAUGGUGCCUCCCAUGAUGUAAGUCAAGGUAAAGGCAUACUGUAAAUGGCAAGGCUGGCUUCUUGUCAGCUACCUGCAUGCGAACUGCUGUAUUGGGGAGCCAGAACAGAGGGGCACUACCGCACUACCACCACGAGGAACGGAUCUGCCACUAGGUAAAGUUUACCUUUUAAUCCUCCCCUAUAUUUCUAGGCUUUCAUAUUCUGUACAGUUGAUAUAUUUAGUUUUAUUUUACGGGUGUCCAUAUUAAAAGUUUUACAGAACAUGCUUCAUUGCCUCUAUAGGUGAGCAAGAUAAUGAGUGAGUGUUUUGGUCUAACAGUACCAUUGCUUCACGGACACUUUUUAGCCAGACACAAUCUGUACUUCUGUUAAUAAAUAAAUCAUAAGUAAUAAUAUGUAAAAAGAUUCACCUUGAAA